AUUGUUAUAAAUUUGAAUCUAAAGGUUUCUAGCAGUUGGAUUUCUCAAAUAGUUUGACAUUACCUGCUAGAGUUAUAUUAGAAAAGAAGCACAGUUUUCUAAAGCAUUGCUAUAAAGUUUGUUCUCAGAAUCUGUGUUGCUUCCUUUGUUGCAAAGUUAUCCGCGUCUUUCUAGACUAAUUUUCGGUAUUUAGAUAUGUUUUCAUCCUUGUCAUUUGCUAUAAGCUGCACAGACAUUUGUUACGUUGAUGACUUUAUUGUCAUUGAAUCUGCAAUUACCUACGACAGACCCUACGUCAUAAUAAUUUAGCCAAUCUAGAAGCAGGAGCUACUUUCUAUGUCAUUGAUCUUUGCAGCAUUAAUUAUAUGCAACAAGUAUCGACAAAAACCUUUGUAGCAAACGGUCUUUGAGAAAGAAAGGCAAAUUGUUGCCAUUGUAUCAGUCAUGCACGCAUCAGGAAACGAUUAUUAACCUGCAAAAAUGACAUUGGUUGAAAUUCACCGCGUCUGCUGCUAGUCGCGUGUCACGACCUUUCGAAAAGCUGUCACUUCAAAACUAUUGCUCAUCAGAAGCUAAAAUUCUCUUUUGGCUCCUGCUUCUGUGAAAAGCAGAUGUAUUUUUCUGACGUUUUUCUUUGACUAUUCAGUUUGUUUCGAUUUUCAAAGGGAAUGUUAAUUUUGUUUUACAGUAAUGAUCACAUAAGCGACUAUUUACCUUUAAUCUCAUUAUGUUCUUGACAAAGCAAAUGCAUCUGUAUUUGCUUGUCAUCUAAUGGCAAGAAAGGCAUGUAUUUUGGAAAACAUGGAUCUUUUAGAUAAGCAAAUUGUUUACUUUAAGCAGAAAGCAUUGCACGCAGGAAGCAAGAAGACCAAAUUGUUUACUUUUAGCUGAAAGCCUUGCACAGAGGUAGGCAAAAGACCAAGGCCAUUGCCAUCAGUGUAAUUUUCUUCUAAAGCUGCGAAGUUUUAAAUUCAAUCUUUGCUUGAGAUUACUGUGGCAAAUCUUUCUGAAACAGGACAUUGUCAUGUCCCUGCUUACUGGGUAUGGACUUAUUAUAUUGCCGGACCUUGGUAUUGUACUACAUUGCGUGGAUAUAAUUUGAUUGCUGCUUUGGUGUUAGAAGAAUAUGUCUGCGAAUUGGUAUGAUAUAAACAUAAUCAUAUUCUUGACCAUCGACUCGAUUGUUGCCCUCCUGACCUCGAUCUUCAAUGGAACAUUCAUUGUAACUUUGUUAAAAACACCUUCCUUGCACACACCUUCACAUAUGAUUUUUGGUGCUAUGAGCAUGUGCGAUUUCCUUGUUGGCAUUUGUGGACACCCUCUAUGGCUAGAAGAUUAUGGGAGAAGACUCAACAGCAUUGACAAGAGCCCAACAAACAAAUACAAACGAUAUGUAAUGGCGUUUUUAGUGGUGUCCUCUCUUCUAUAUAUGACUUGCAUUAGCAUAGACAGAUACAUUGCUGUCGUCCACCCAUUUUGGUUCCAUGAACAUGCUACAUGCAAAACGCACAUUAUUGCCUCUGUUUUGGUUUUGUUUGCCACUAUUCCAAUAGUUGUUGUCCAUUUUAGUGUUAAUGUUCCAAAUACAAGUAUCAUGUUGGUUUUGCUGCCCGUUAUUUACUGCAACUGGAAAGUUUUUAGUGUAAUUAGAAGGCAAAGCAAACAAAUAGCUCAGAUUGAGAGAGCACCUAACAUUACUGAGAGACAGCAAAAGCAAAGAAAAGAAAAUAAAGACAAGGCAUAUGUGAUGUUAGUCGUUGUAAUUGCUUUCUGUGUUUCAUAUGCUCCAACAGUCGUGAACAACAUUUUGGUAUCAGCAGAUUUCUACAAGGAUGUGAAAGAGUUUGUUGACCCUUGGGCAGAGUGUUUCAUAUUUGCAAAUAGUCUUGUAAACCCGUUGAUAUACUAUGCAAGAAUGAAAGCAUUUCGCAAAGCAGCUAAAGACUUAUUUCAUCGCGAGGUAUAAUUUCCAUAAGAGUUUUGCCACAUUUUUGUAUUUCCAAUGUUGCGAGAUGACUUGAGGCUCUUGUGAAUAUGACGCUAGUAGCAAAAAAUGCAUGUUAAAUAAAUGUCAAAAAUCAAGGGUAUAAUGAAAGAAUAUUUUGGAGCCUUUCCUUGUGCAAAAUACCACAUUAAUUUCCCAGUCAAACCUCAGCAGUCUAAAAACUAAUACCGCGAUUUGCUUUGAAUAAAGUUCUAGUCUUAAUAUCAGUAAAAAUAUUCAAAGAAGUUAUAAAAUUCGAUUAAGGCUAUUAUAACCUACACGGUUAACGAUCAUCUGUAUCCUUUUUUUUAUCAAAUUUGUUUGAUUGCCUCUGUUAAUGCUUUUAGUGACUGCUUUUCGUUGAAAAUUAUUUUCAUUUAUGAUAUUACUUUUAAGUGAGAUAUUACCUGCUAUUGAUUGAACUGAAUUACUUUAAAUACUUAACAGAAUGCAAUU